AUGGGCAAUCGGAGAAAGUCCAAGGCAGCCGGGAAGGACACUGCGAAAAAGCGCCGCUCACCUCGACUGGCUAAAAAGCGAUCCUCCCCGAGCCCUCCAAUUCCACCCCCACCCAAAGAAGAGCCCCCAGCACCUGCUCCCGAUCCCCACGCCGACACCGAGUCAAAUGAACCCGAGGGCCUCCAUCUGGGGCCUCUUCGAGACGAAUGCUUAUGGUUUGGGACCGGCCCCGUCAAGGAAUACAAGCGCUGGGGCCCACUAAAACCUUGCUGGUCGGUCGACUAUCCCAGGAUUGAGAAAGUCGCCGGAGAAAUGGCAGGUAAUUUCCCCUGGAUCGACAAUGAGCCCAGCACGUGGCAGACCAUAGAGGACGAGCAUAUAGCGAAGCAGUUGUUCCAAUUCGCGUUUGACUGGGCAGUGGAGCAUGCCAUUCGGCAAGAAGGUCGGGACUCCGUGGAAGACUUCCUGUCUGCCGAUCAGAAGCAGGCAAUUCUGGAUGGUCUUGAUGGAUACUGCAUCACAAAAGAGUGGGAUAGACUGCUGGAAUACCUCCCCGAAAAGACCUUACACAUACUCCCAACUUUACUGGUUCAGGCCCUGGUGUCCAAGGCGACCUUUGACACCAUGCUAGCCAACCCUUUCUUUUUCGUGGAUACGGUGGACAAUCAGACGGAUGAGGUCGAUCACGUUGCCCCGCCGUUGGCUGUGGAGCUGUAUAAGACGUGGAGGCAUAUCAGAAAAAGUGAGCUCUCUUCUUCUCUUUCUCUUUUGUUUGCAUACAGCUUCUUCCGUGAGCUAAUCAUCUUGCCAUUUCACUCGACAGUUAACAUCCUGGGCGCAGAGGAGUGGCGCAGCACGACGAUUCGCCUAUUCAACGACACGACGAACCGACGCUGCUAUAAUGAAUCGAUCAUCCUGCGCACCGUUCAGCAUCGAAAGUCCAUUGUCAAGCGCCUUGCGGAGCACUUGCUGUCCGAGAAUCACCCGCUACACCCGCUGCUUCGUCCAUUGACCGACCCGGACGAGAUAAAAAGGCGCUUCGACGUGUUGGUCAGUACCCUAGAGCGCGUGGCAAUCCUGGCUGUCUGGGUGGGGACUGAGCCAAGGGGUCUUCUGCUGACCCCGAUAAAUCGGCACCCUUGUUAUGAUGCCAAGCGAUCACUGUCCACGACGCACUGGCUCAGUGAGGUUGCUGAGGAAGAGGUUGAUCUUACCGGCCGCUAUCCGGUCCUGGUGACGAGGCCACUGAUGCAUCGACUGGACAUGACCGGAGGAUCGGAUCUCAACGAAGUAUUCACAUGCGCAGCGGAGGUCGUAGUUUCCAAGCCUCUUCGCCCCGACCAGAUCGUCGGCUUCCAGGAUGACUCCCGCAAAUAUCAGGGUGUUUGA